AUGGCAUUCCGGAUUGGAGAGACCUUGUUGUUUAACUCCAUGUGUGUUAGCCAGCCAAAUGCCAAAAUCGAUGUGGUUCUCGAUCCAUCGUUUAAAAACCUACGAUCCAUCCUUCCUUCAAAAACCCACGAUCCAUCAUUCCUGCACGCCCUUUCCAAAAAAUCAUUCCUGCACGCCCGCUUUUCGAGAGCGCCCUCUCUCUCUCUCUCUCUCUCUCUCUCUCUCUCCCCCUCCCUCUCCAUCACCCACCGGCCUCUCGAUCUCCUCCUCUCCCUCGACCGGUCGACCCUCUAUCACAGUGAUUCGCACAUUUGCCCCAACGACGUGUUCAACAACUCCACCAUUCUUCCACAGAAAUUAGCAGUGAAGCUAGGGUUUGGUUACGGAAUAGAGUUCGAAAGACGAUUGAUUGAGGGCUAUCUUCUCACGCUAAGGGUUUGUGUUUCAGUAGCCCUCCAUCUCUGCAAAUGGGGUUUCAAUGGAGUCCAUUUGUGUCCCCAGUGGUGUACAAGAUGUCUCUGGCAUAUUUCUUUGCAACAAUCCGGCGAUAUCAUGGCUUGCUUGCUUUGCGGGAUGGAGACGUGUGGUUGGGUUGGUAGCGGGAGCGAUCUGCCCUGAUCUGUUCUCUUCUCCACGAUUUGCUGGCUUCACGACGGUUCUUUUGUCGGCGUUCGGUAUUUUCCACGGCGUGGUGGUUUUGGGCUGCUGAAGCGAGGUAUCCAAUUUCUUCUUACUCUCUGAUUCACUACUUUUACACUCGAUGUUGCUUGAUGGUCAUCUCCUACUUUUAUGUUGGGUGCUUCAGGGAUUCCAUGUAGGUCUGCUGACUUUGCUUUUAAUUGAUAACAACUUAACAACCAUGAGAUUGUUGUUUCUUUUACUUUUCAAACCAGAAUUUGUGUUUUUUCUAUCAUUGACUGUUAACUUUGAACAUCAUGGCAGAAAACUGCAGAUUCGAAGUGAUUGCUUGUCAUUUGAUCCAUUAUAGCAUAUGGGAAAAACCGUUUGAUGGUCUCUUGUAUGAAUUAUUGUGUUUGAUGGUCACUCGUGUAAAAUUAACAGAGCUUGAAAUGGUUAGUGAACUUAAUUAUAUCCCUUUUAUCUUUCGGCCAAAAAAGAAGAAGAGAGAUUUGUGUGGGACCACUUUGUUGUUGAGUCCGACAACUCCGCUCAAUUGAGGAAGACGAGUGGUUAAGCAUCAUAAAGUAUUUGAUUUAAACAAUCAAACUCAGAAACUUUGUAUGGGUUUUGAUUUCUUUGCUAUGAUACACCUAGUAUAGUAGUACAUGUUAAUUUAUUUACAACCAGAGAUAAUA